GCCAAUGAAUGAAAGCAUAGAUGAAGAGAGAAAAGCAAGAGCCGGUCUACAGGAGAGGGACAGACCAGGACUAGCCAGACCAAACACAACAACAAGCAACAUUAAGUACACAGCAGCUGCACAGAAAUGGAGAAGAAGUAUGCAGACUUUUCAGGCAAAUGGAAAAUGAAGUCUUCGGAAAACUUUGAGGAACUUUUAAAAGCACUCAGUGUGAAUGUGUUUCUGCGUAAGAUCGCGGUGACAGCGGCCUCCAGUCCGGCUGUGGAGAUCACUCAACAGGACGAGACUCUGUCCAUCAAAACCUCCACCAGCGUCCGCACCACAAACGUCUCUUUCACUGUGGGACAGUCCUUCACCGAGGCCACAGUAGACGGGCGUCCCUGCACGAGUUUUCCGAAGUGGGAAACGGAUCAGAAAAUCAGCUGUGAACAGACUCUACAGAAGGGCGAUGGACCCAAGACCUCCUGGACCAGAGAACUGACCAACGACGGGGAACUCAUCCUGACGAUGACUGCGGGGGACGUGGUCUGCACCAGAGUUUAUGAGCGGGAAUGAAGGAAAUUACAAAGUGCUGCUCAUACAAUACUUCACAUUUGCUCUUUUCCUCUUCAGUCUCCCAUCGACCAGUCCUGUGUUCAGGUCCGAAGAGUCUCAGACCAAUCUAUUAAGGAAGAUCAGGAAUCAUUUUAAAUAUACAAUAGAUUUAAAUAGAGGUGUAUAUCACACGUCUAUAAGAUAACUGUCAAAUCUAAAAUCUUUUAAUCAAUAUUUUGUACACCUGAACACUUACUUUUAUUUUUCAUUUUUGUGCAAUGCUUGAGCAUCAACUACCAUAUUUAAAGGCAAGUUUGAUUAUCAUCACUGUUGAUUCAUUCAUGUUAUCAUUCACCUCUAAUUUUAAAAUGACAAAAUACUGCUAGAGAAGAUAACCUUAAUAAGGCGAGACACUGCAGGUGAAUAAGAAAAAAAAUCUGCUGUAGUUUACUAAUAUAAUUGUAAGAAAAAAUGUAUUAUAGUUUUUCAUCAUGUGUUGUUUUAAUGUAAAGAAUAAGGCAUUUUAUAUGUAAGAAUGGCGAAAAUUGACCAUUUUUGGGACAUAGAUACAGCCAGGUUUCAAUUUCUUGCUUCAUUUUGUUUAUAUAUUAGAAAGAAAAUUAAAGAAAAUCUUUAAAAAUUCAAAUUGUGUCAAAUUUUUGGAGUUUAAACUUUUAUAAAUCAGCCUUGGAAUUAGUUAUCAAAAAAUCCUUCUGUACGUCUCGUCAAAAUUUUGUUAAUUACAAGACUAUAAAGCUUGGUGUAUGUGGGUGCUACUGUGAUCCAUAUGUCCCUAUGAGGGAAAAAUGCAUUUUGAGAAAACCGACCGCCUUUGAAGUUGGACGCAAGUUGAUUCAAUUAAACAUUAAAACAUCUUUUGAUGCAGAGUGGACAAUUUUCUUGUUGUCAAAUUUGUAGGCUAAGAGGCCAAACUAAACAAAACAAAAAAAAAAAAGGGUUUUGCCUGUAUUGUCUCCCCUUAUUUGCUGUGACCAAUUUAUUUUGUAUAAAAGUACAUUUAUUUACAGCUGGCAUACCUCAGUAAUCAGUGAUUUAUAGGUGGUCAUUUUUAUUAUAACUUAAUGCACUCUGGUUUAUUGCCUGCUCAAGUCCAUUGCCUCUCACUACUUAAUUUCCUGCCUGUCUACUAGCUACAUGAACGUCUAGGGCGAGAUGGCAAAAACAAGGUUCAUACAAAAUAGACUGGUCCAAGAUACUUCAGUGAAACCUGCUCCAGAUCUAGUUUGAACUUUGCACUGACUAAUGACAAUGCCACUUUUGUCUUGGUUAAUUUGAGUUUUACUUAUUACACUGUUGUUAAUGUCCAUUACAUUCCUUUUGUUAAUAAACAUUUUUUAUAAUAAU